GGAGAGGAAGUUAAACAUAAAUAUACUCUUACCCCAGAUGUCCCACAGUUUAUCCAAGCUAGAUACAAUGCAGCUAACGUCAGUGAUGCAUAUUAUAAACAAGGCUACCAUGAUCUAAUAGCAAAAGGGAACAAUGUGUCACUUGAUGCUAUUCCAAUUACUUUAGCCAAGGCUUCAAGAGACAUUGCUAGUGAUUAUAAAUAUAAAGAAGCAUAUGAAAAGGCUAAAGGAAGACAGGUUGGUUUCAGAAGCCUGCAAGAUGACCCUAAGCUUGUCCACUACAUGAAUGUAGCAAAGAUUCAGUCUGAGCGUGAGUACAAGAAAGACUAUGAGAAGACCAAGACUAACUAUCAUACACCUCCUGACAUGUACAGUAUCCAGGCUGCUAAACAGUCUCAGGAUGUGGCUUCUAAUGCCCACUACAAAAAUCUGAUCCAUCACUACACUUACCUGCCAGAUGCCAUGGAUGUUGAGCUUGCAAAGAACAUGAUGCAAAUUCAGAGUGAUAAUGCGUACAAACAAGAGUAUAACAGCUGGUUCAAGGGUAUUGGAUGGAGUCCUCUUGGUUCUCUGGAUGUUGAAAAAGCUAAAAAGGCUGGAGAUGCCUUAAAUGAAAAGAAAUACCGUCAGCACCCAGACACCAUCAAAUUUACAAGUAUACCAGAUUCAAUACCAAUGGUUUUAGCUCAGCACAACACCAAGCAACUGAGUGAUGUAGCAUAUAAGCAAGAAGGUGAAAAAGUAAAACACAAAUACACCCUGGAUCCUGAUGUUCCUCAGUUUAUUCAAGCCAGAGUCAAUGCCUUCAAUUUGAGUGAUGCUAACUACAAAGCAGACUGGAAGAAAACCAUUGCCAAAGGAUAUGAUCUGAAACCAGAUGCCAUUCCUAUUAUUGCUGCUAAAGCUUCUCGAAAUAUUGCUAGUGAUUACAAGUACAAGGAAUCAUACGAGAAAGAUAAAGGCAAACAGGUUGGAUACCGUAGCCUGCAGGAUGAUCCUAAACUUGUUCAUUACAUGAAUGUGGCCAAAAUGCAAUCAGAUCGUGAAUACAAGAAGGAUUACGAAGUCACCAAGACCAGAUAUCAUACUCCUUUGGAUAUGUUCAGCGUGACGGCUGCCAAGAAAGCCCAGGAAGCAGUUACAAAUGCUGGCUAUAAGCAACCAAUUCACAAUUAUACACUCUUGCCUGAUUCUCUGAAUCUGGAGCUAUCAAGAAAUGUGAUGCAGCUUCAGAGUGAUAAUGUGUACAAAGCAGACUUUAAUAACUGGUUGAAAGGAGUUGGCUGGAUACCAGCUCAGUCACUGGAUGUAGAAAAGGCCAAAAAAGCUACAGAGAUUCUCAGUGAAAAGAAGUAUCGCCAACACCCUGACAAGCUGAAGUAUUCUAUUACAAUGGAUGCAAUGGAACAAGUGCUAGCUAAGCAAAAUGCCAAGACCAUGAAUAAGAGGCUCUACACCGAUAAAUGGAACAAAGAGAAGACCAGCAUUCAUGUUAUGCCAGAUACUCCAGAAAUUCUGCAGUCUAGAGUGAACCAGAUCACCAUGAGUAAUAAACUUUACAAAGCUGGAUGGGAGGAAGAAAAGAAGAAAGGUUAUGACAUGCAGCCAGAUGCUAUUCCAAUAAAGGCAGCCAAAGCCUCCAGAGACAUUGCAAGUGAUUAUAAAUACAAACUAGCCUACGAAAAAGAGAAAGGAAAACAUAUUGGGUUCCGCAGCCUUGAAGAUGACCCCAAGCUGGUGCACUUCAUGCAGGUGGCUAAAAUGCAAUCUGAUCGUGAAUACAGAAAAGAUUAUGAGAAGGCAAAGACUAAUUUCCAUACUCCGGUUGACAUGGUCAGUGUCGUGGCAGCCAAGAAAGCACAGGAAGUGGCUACAAAUGCAAACUACAAAAACUUGAUCCAUACCUACAAUGUUUUACCUGACGCUAUGAGUCUUGAAUUAGCCAAAAACAUGAUGCAGAUACAAAGUGAUAAUCAGUACAGAGCAGAAUAUGAUGAAAGUAUGAAGGGUGUUGGGUGGAUGCCACUGGGCUCCCUGGAAGCUGAGAAAAACAAAAAAGCGAUGGAAAUUGUUAGUGAAAAGAAGUAUCGCCAGCAUCCAGACAAGUUGAAGUAUUCUGUUCCUAUGGAUUCCAUGAACAUGGUCUUAGCUUUAAAUAAUGCUAAAAUCAUGGAUGAGCACAAGUACAAACAAGCGUGGGAAGAAGACAAAAAGAAAGUUCACAUCACACCAGAUAUUCCACAGAUUGCUUUAGCAAAAGCUAAUGCAUUUAAUUUAAGUGAUAAAAUGUACAGACUUUCAUUUGAAGAAUCUAGGAAGAAAGGAUAUGAUCUCAGAGCUGAUGCUAUCCCUAUUAAAGCUGCCAAAGCUUCUAGGGAUAUUGCUAGUGAUUAUAAAUACAAAUUAGGUUAUGAACAAGACAAGGGCAAACUUGUAGGCUUCCGCAGCCUGCAGGAUGAUCCCAAACUUGUCCAUUAUAUGCAAGUGGCUAAGAUGCAGUCUGAUCGUGAAUAUAAGAAAGCUUAUGAGAUGAGCAAGACCCAUUACCAAACACCUUCUGAUACCCUCAGCAUUGUGGCAGCUAAGGAGGCACAAGAUCGUGUAACCAAUACUAACUACAAGCGACUGAUUCACCAAUAUAUGCUUCUACCAGAUGCAAUGAGUUUAGAACUGUACAGAAACAUGAAUCAGAUACAAAGUGACAAUGAGUACAAGCAGGACUACAAGGAGUGGUUCAGAGGUAUCGGUUGGAGUCCUGUUGGUUCUCUGGAUGUGGAGAAAUCUAAGAAAGCCACAGAAAUUGCAAGUGAUCAGAAAUACCGCCAGCAUCCCAGCAUGUUCCCCUUUACAAAACAGAAUGAUGCCAUGGACAUGGUCCUUGCAAAGCAGAAUGCAAAUAUAAUGAACAAACAUGCUUAUACUCAAGCUUGGGAGAAGGAUAAAACUCAGGUUCAUGUGAUGCCUGAUACACCAGAUAUUCUACAGGCAAAACAGAACAAGGCGAACUACAGUCAGAAACUGUACAAGCUUGGCUGGGAGGAAAUGAUAAAGAAAGGCUAUGACCUCACACCUGAAGCCAUUUCAGUGAAAGCUGCCAAAGCUUCAAGGGACAUUGCAAGUGACUACAAGUACAAAGAAGGUUACCGCAAGCAGCAGGGACAUCACAUCGGAUUCCGCAGCCUACAGGAUGAUCCUAAGAUGUUGUGGUCUAUGCAAGUAGCUAAGAUGCAGAGUGAGAGGGAGUACAAGAAAGAUUUUGAAAAAUGGAAGACAAAGUUUAAUAUGCCUGUGGAUAUGCUAGGCUUCCUUCUGGCUAAGAAAUGUCAGGAACUGGUUAGUGAUAUAGACUACAAACAGAUGCUACAUCGCUGGACUUGUCUGCCAGACCAGAAUGAUGUCACCCAGGCGAAGAGAGUCUAUGAACUACAGAGUGAUAAUGUGUAUAAGUCAGAUCUACAAUGGCUCAGAGGCCUUGGGUGGAGUCCUUUGGGAUCUUUGGAAUCUGAAAAGAACAGGAAAGCUUCUGAAAUACUGAGUGAAAAGAAGUACCGGCAGCACCCAGAUACUAUUAAGUUCACAAGUAUCCCAGAUGCCAUGGAUAUCAUUUUAGCAAAAUCUAAUGCCAAAAACAGAAGUGAUAUACUGUAUAGAGAAGCCUGGGACAAGGACAAGACUCAGGUUCACAUCAUGCCUGAUACUCCUGAAAUUUUGCUGGCUAAGUCAAACUUAAUUAACACAAGUGAUAAACAUUACAAGUUAGGAUAUGAAGAGCUGAAGAGGAAAGGCUACGAUCUUCCUCCUGAUGCUAUACCCCUCAAAUCGGCAAAAGCAUCCAGAGACAUAGCUAGUGAAUAUCAAUACAAAACUGCAUACCGAAAGCAGCUUGGCCACCAUAUUGGAGCCCGUAACAUAGAGGAUGAUCCGAAGAUGAUGUGGUCGAUGCACGUAGCCAAGAUCCAGAGUGACAGGGAGUACAAGAAAGCCUUUGAGAAGACAAAGACACACUUCAGUAGCCCAGUGGACAUGCUGGGAAUCGUGUUGGCGAAGAAAUGUCAGGAGUUGGUGAGCGACAUUGAUUACAAGCACUCUCUGCAUCGGUGGACCUGUCUGCCGGACCAGAACGAUGUUGUACAAGCCAGGAAAGUGUACGACCUUCAGAGUGAUAACGUGUACAAGUCCGACCUCCUGUGGCUGAGGGGCAUUGGCUGGUCCCCAAGUGGUUCCCUGGACGAUGAGAAGAAUAAGAGGGCGAGCCUCAUCCUGAGUGACAAGAAGUAUCGGCAGCACCCGGACACCAUCAAAUUCACGAGCCUUCCUGACUCGAUGCCUAUGGUUCUGGCAAAGCACAACUCUGACAUUAUGAACCAACGUUCCUACGUAUCAGCCUGGGAGAAGGAUAAAACCAGUGUUCACAUUAUGCCGGAUACACCUGGCAUUUUGCUGGCCCAGCAGAACCAAGCGAACCUCAGCGAGAAACUGUACAAGCUUGCGCUGGAGGAAGAGAAGAAAAAGGGCUACGACAUGCGGGCUGAUGCCAUUCCUAUCAGGUCUGCUAAAGCUUCCCGAGACAUUGCCAGUGACUACAGGUAUAAGGAAGGCUAUCGCAAGCAGCUUGGCCACCAUAUCGGAGCCCGUAACAUAGAGGAUGAUCCGAAGAUGAUGUGGUCGAUGCACGUAGCCAAGAUCCAGAGUGACAGGGAGUACAAGAAAGCCUUUGAGAAGACAAAGACACACUUCAGUAGCCCAGUGGACAUGCUGGGAAUCGUGUUGGCGAAGAAAUGUCAGGAGUUGGUGAGCGACAUUGAUUACAAGCACUCUCUGCAUCGGUGGACCUGUCUGCCGGACCAGAACGAUGUUGUACAAGCCAGGAAAGUGUACGACCUUCAGAGUGAUAACGUGUACAAGUCCGACCUCCUGUGGCUGAGGGGCAUUGGCUGGUCCCCAAGUGGUUCCCUGGACGAUGAGAAGAAUAAGAGGGCGAGCCUCAUCCUGAGUGACAAGAAGUAUCGGCAGCACCCGGACACCAUCAAAUUCACGAGCCUUCCUGACUCGAUGCCUAUGGUUCUGGCAAAGCACAACUCUGACAUUAUGAACCAACGUUCCUACGUAUCAGCCUGGGAGAAGGAUAAAACCAGUGUUCACAUUAUGCCGGAUACACCUGGCAUUUUGCUGGCCCAGCAGAACCAAGCGAACCUCAGCGAGAAACUGUACAAGCUUGCGCUGGAGGAAGAGAAGAAAAAGGGCUACGACAUGCGGGCUGAUGCCAUUCCUAUCAGGUCUGCUAAAGCUUCCCGAGACAUUGCCAGUGACUACAGGUAUAAGGAAGGCUAUCGCAAGCAGCUUGGCCACCAUAUCGGAGCCCGUAACAUAGAGGAUGAUCCGAAGAUGAUGUGGUCGAUGCACGUAGCCAAGAUCCAGAGUGACAGGGAGUACAAGAAAGCCUUUGAGAAGACAAAGACACACUUCAGUAGCCCAGUGGACAUGCUGGGAAUCGUGUUGGCGAAGAAAUGUCAGGAGUUGGUGAGCGACAUUGAUUACAAGCACUCUCUGCAUCGGUGGACCUGUCUGCCGGACCAGAACGAUGUUGUACAAGCCAGGAAAGUGUACGACCUUCAGAGUGAUAACGUGUACAAGUCCGACCUCCUGUGGCUGAGGGGCAUUGGCUGGUCCCCAAGUGGUUCCCUGGACGAUGAGAAGAAUAAGAGGGCGAGCCUCAUCCUGAGUGACAAGAAGUAUCGGCAGCACCCGGACACCAUCAAAUUCACGAGCCUUCCUGACUCGAUGCCUAUGGUUCUGGCAAAGCACAACUCUGACAUUAUGAACCAACGUUCCUACGUAUCAGCCUGGGAGAAGGAUAAAACCAGUGUUCACAUUAUGCCGGAUACACCUGGCAUUUUGCUGGCCCAGCAGAACCAAGCGAACCUCAGCGAGAAACUGUACAAGCUUGCGCUGGAGGAAGAGAAGAAAAAGGGCUACGACAUGCGGGCUGAUGCCAUUCCUAUCAGGUCUGCUAAAGCUUCCCGAGACAUUGCCAGUGACUACAGGUAUAAGGAAGGCUAUCGCAAGCAGCUUGGCCACCAUAUCGGAGCCCGUAACAUAGAGGAUGAUCCGAAGAUGAUGUGGUCGAUGCACGUAGCCAAGAUCCAGAGUGACAGGGAGUACAAGAAAGCCUUUGAGAAGACAAAGACACACUUCAGUAGCCCAGUGGACAUGCUGGGAAUCGUGUUGGCGAAGAAAUGUCAGGAGUUGGUGAGCGACAUUGAUUACAAGCACUCUCUGCAUCGGUGGACCUGUCUGCCGGACCAGAACGAUGUUGUACAAGCCAGGAAAGUGUACGACCUUCAGAGUGAUAACGUGUACAAGUCCGACCUCCUGUGGCUGAGGGGCAUUGGCUGGUCCCCAAGUGGUUCCCUGGACGAUGAGAAGAAUAAGAGGGCGAGCCUCAUCCUGAGUGACAAGAAGUAUCGGCAGCACCCGGACACCAUCAAAUUCACGAGCCUUCCUGACUCGAUGCCUAUGGUUCUGGCAAAGCACAACUCUGACAUUAUGAACCAACGUUCCUACGUAUCAGCCUGGGAGAAGGAUAAAACCAGUGUUCACAUUAUGCCGGAUACACCUGGCAUUUUGCUGGCCCAGCAGAACCAAGCGAACCUCAGCGAGAAACUGUACAAGCUUGCGCUGGAGGAAGAGAAGAAAAAGGGCUACGACAUGCGGGCUGAUGCCAUUCCUAUCAGGUCUGCUAAAGCUUCCCGAGACAUUGCCAGUGACUACAAAUACAAAGAAGGCUAUCGCAAGCAGCUUGGCCACCAUAUUGGAGCCCGUAACAUAGAGGAUGAUCCGAAGAUGAUGUGGUCGAUGCACGUAGCCAAGAUCCAGAGUGACAGGGAGUACAAGAAAGCCUUUGAGAAGACAAAGACACACUUCAGUAGCCCAGUGGACAUGCUGGGAAUCGUGUUGGCGAAGAAAUGUCAGGAGUUGGUGAGCGACAUUGAUUACAAGCACUAUCUGCAUCAGUGGAUCUGUCUGCCGGACCAGAACGAUGUUAUCCACGCUAAGAAGGCCUAUGAUCUACAGAGUGAUAAUUGCUACAAGUCUGACCUUGAAUGGUUGCGGGGCAUUGGUUGGGUCCCAAUUGGUUCCUUGGAAGUUGAAAAAGCCAAGAAGGCUGGAGAGAUCUUGAGUGAUAAAAUAUACCGUCAGCCUCCAGACACAAUCAAGUUUACUAGCGUCACUGAUUCUCUAGAGAUGGUCUUAGCGAAGCAGAAUGCGGAGACGAUGAAUAAGCGUUUAUACACUGAAGCAUGGAAUAAAGAUAAGACCAUGGUUCAUGUCAUGCCUGACACACCUGAGAUCCUGCUAGCUAAACAAAACCAAUUAAACUAUAGUCAGAAAAUGUACAAACUAGCUUUGGAGGAAUCGAAGAAGAAGGGUCAUGAUUUGCGUUUUGAUGCCAUUCCUAUUCAAGCUGCCAGAGCAUCCAGAGAGAUCGCCAGUGAUUACAAAUACAAAGAAGGCUAUCGCAAGCAGCUUGGCCACCAUAUUGGAGCCCGUAACAUAGAGGAUGAUCCGAAGAUGAUGUGGUCGAUGCACGUAGCCAAGAUCCAGAGUGACAGGGAGUACAAGAAAGCCUUUGAGAAGACAAAGACACACUUCAGUAGCCCAGUGGACAUGCUGGGAAUCGUGUUGGCGAAGAAAUGUCAGGAGUUGGUGAGCGACAUUGAUUACAAGCACUAUCUGCAUCAGUGGAUCUGUCUGCCGGACCAGAAUGAUGUUAUCCACGCUAAGAAGGCCUAUGAUCUACAGAGUGACGCGGUUUACAAAUCAGACCUGGAAUGGCUAAGAGGUAUUGGAUGGGUUCCUAUUGGUUCCAUGGAAGUUGAGAAAGCUAAGAAAGCUGGAGAAAUCCUGAGUGAAAGGAAGUAUCGUCAGCCAGCAGACCAAAUUAAAUUUACUAGUGUGACAGAUUCUUUGGCCAUGGUCUUAGCCAAGCAAAACGCUGAGAUAAUGAACAAGCGUUUAUACACAGAAGCCUGGGAUGCAGACAAAACAUCGAUUCAUGUCAUGCCUGAUACACCAACAAUUUUGUUAGCGAAGGCCAAUGCAGCUAAUGUUAGCCAUAAACUUUAUGUACAAGCCUGGGAAGAGGCCAAACAGAAGGGUUAUGACAUGAGAGCUGAUGCAAUUCCAAUCCGAAGUGCGAAGGCAUCAAGAGAUAUUGCGAGUGACUACAAGUACAAAGAAACGCACGAGAAGCAGAAAGGCCACUACAUUGGGUGCCGCACCGCCAAGGAGGAUCCCAAACUGUCGUGGGCUGCGCGUGCCAUGUUGCUGCAGAACGACCGACUUUACAGGAAGGCGUACCAUGAUUCCAAGGCCCACAUCCACAUCCCAGUCGAUGCGAUGUCAGUGCAGGCAGCCAAGGAGUGCCAGACGCUAGUCAGCGAUGUUGACUACCGCCACUACCUUCACCAGUGGACCUGCCUGCCUGACCAGAACGACGUGAUCCAUGCAAGGAAGGCCUACGAUCUACAGAGCGAUAAUGUGUACAAGUCAGACCUAGAAUGGUUGCGAGGCAUCGGCUGGUUGACAGAAGGUUCUGUGGAUGUGGUCAAAGCAAAGAGAGCCCAGGAACUCCUGAACGAGAAGUUGUACCGCACGCGGCCAGAGGACAUGAAAUUCACCAGCAUUACUGACACGCCAGACGUCGUCCAGGCUAAGAUCAAUGCUUUGCAGAUCAGUGACCAUCUGUAUCGUGAAGCCUGGGAUAGAGAUAAGACGCAGAUUUCCAUACCUUCCGAUACUCCUGUAAUGCUGCAGUCCAAAGUCAAUGCGGUCAACAUCAGCAAUAAACAGUAUCAGAAGGCCUGGGAUGAGGCCAAGUCGAAAAGCUAUGACAUACGAGCUGAUGCCAUUCCCAUCAAACACGCCAAGGCUUCCAGAGACAUUGCUAGUGAGUACAAGUACAAAGAAACGCACGAGAAGCAGAAAGGCCACUACAUUGGGUGCCGCACCGCCAAGGAGGAUCCCAAACUGUCGUGGGCUGCGCGUGCCAUGUUGCUGCAGAACGACCGACUUUACAGGAAGGCGUACCAUGAUUCCAAGGCCCACAUCCACAUCCCAGUCGAUGCGAUGUCAGUGCAGGCAGCCAAGGAGUGCCAGACGCUAGUCAGCGAUGUUGACUACCGCCACUACCUUCACCAGUGGACCUGCCUGCCUGACCAGAACGACGUGAUCCAUGCAAGGAAGGCCUACGAUCUACAGAGCGAUAAUGUGUACAAGUCAGACCUGGAAUGGUUGCGAGGCAUCGGCUGGGUGGCAGAAGGUUCUGUGGAUGUGGUCAAAGCAAAGAGAGCCCAGGAACUCCUGAACGAGAAGUUGUACCGCACGCGGCCAGAGGACAUGAAAUUCACCAGCAUUACUGACACGCCAGACGUCGUCCAGGCUAAGAUCAAUGCUUUGCAGAUCAGUGACCAUCUGUAUCGUGAAGCCUGGGAUAGAGAUAAGACGCAGAUUUCCAUACCUUCCGAUACUCCUGUAAUGCUGCAGUCCAAAGUCAAUGCGGUCAACAUCAGCAAUAAACAGUAUCAGAAGGCCUGGGAUGAGGCCAAGUCGAAAAGCUAUGACAUACGAGCUGAUGCCAUUCCCAUCAAACACGCCAAGGCUUCCAGAGACAUUGCUAGUGAGUACAAGUACAAAGAAACGCACGAGAAGCAGAAAGGCCACUACAUUGGGUGCCGCACCGCCAAGGAGGAUCCCAAACUGUCGUGGGCUGCGCGUGCCAUGUUGCUGCAGAACGACCGACUUUACAGGAAGGCGUACCAUGAUUCCAAGGCCCACAUCCACAUCCCAGUCGAUGCGAUGUCAGUGCAGGCAGCCAAGGAGUGCCAGACGCUAGUCAGCGAUGUUGACUACCGCCACUACCUUCACCAGUGGACCUGCCUGCCUGACCAGAACGACGUGAUCCAUGCAAGGAAGGCCUACGAUCUACAGAGCGAUAAUGUGUACAAGUCAGACCUAGAAUGGUUGCGAGGCAUCGGCUGGGUGGCAGAAGGUUCUGUGGAUGUGGUCAAAGCAAAGAGAGCCCAGGAACUCCUGAACGAGAAGUUGUACCGCACGCGGCCAGAGGACAUGAAAUUCACCAGCAUUACUGACACGCCAGACGUCGUCCAGGCUAAGAUCAAUGCUUUGCAGAUCAGUGACCAUCUGUAUCGUGAAGCCUGGGAUAGAGAUAAGACGCAGAUUUCCAUACCUUCCGAUACUCCUGUAAUGCUGCAGUCCAAAGUCAAUGCGGUCAACAUCAGCAAUAAACAGUAUCAGAAGGCCUGGGAUGAGGCCAAGUCGAAAAGCUAUGACAUACGAGCUGAUGCCAUUCCCAUCAAACACGCCAAGGCUUCCAGAGACAUUGCUAGUGAGUACAAGUACAAAGAAACGCACGAGAAGCAGAAAGGCCACUACAUUGGGUGCCGCACCGCCAAGGAGGAUCCCAAACUGUCGUGGGCUGCGCGUGCCAUGUUGCUGCAGAACGACCGACUUUACAGGAAGGCGUACCAUGAUUCCAAGGCCCACAUCCACAUCCCAGUCGAUGCGAUGUCAGUGCAGGCAGCCAAGGAGUGCCAGACGCUAGUCAGCGAUGUUGACUACCGCCACUACCUUCACCAGUGGACCUGCCUGCCUGACCAGAACGACGUGAUCCAUGCAAGGAAGGCCUACGAUCUACAGAGCGAUAAUGUGUACAAGUCAGACCUAGAAUGGUUGCGAGGCAUCGGCUGGUUGACAGAAGGUUCUGUGGAUGUGGUCAAAGCAAAGAGAGCCCAGGAACUCCUGAACGAGAAGUUGUACCGCACGCGGCCGGAGGACAUGAAAUUCACCAGCAUUACUGACACGCCAGACGUCGUCCAGGCUAAGAUCAAUGCUUUGCAGAUCAGUGACCAUCUGUAUCGUGAAGCCUGGGAUAGAGAUAAGACGCAGAUUUCCAUACCUUCCGAUACUCCUGUAAUGCUGCAGUCCAAAGUCAAUGCGGUCAACAUCAGCAAUAAACAGUAUCAGAAGGCCUGGGAUGAGGCCAAGUCGAAAAGCUAUGACAUACGAGCUGAUGCCAUUCCCAUCAAACACGCCAAGGCUUCCAGAGACAUUGCUAGUGAGUACAAGUACAAAGAAACGCACGAGAAGCAGAAAGGCCACUACAUUGGGUGCCGUACCGCCAAGGAGGAUCCCAAACUGUCGUGGGCUGCGCGUGCCAUGUUGCUGCAGAACGACCGACUUUACAGGAAGGCGUACCAUGAUUCCAAGGCCCACAUCCACAUCCCAGUCGAUGCGAUGUCAGUGCAGGCAGCCAAGGAGUGCCAGACGCUAGUCAGCGAUGUUGACUACCGCCACUACCUUCACCAGUGGACCUGCCUGCCUGACCAGAACGACGUGAUCCAUGCAAGGAAGGCCUACGAUCUACAGAGCGAUGCUGUCUAUAAGUCAGACCUAGAGUGGCUCCGUGGAAUUGGCUGGUUGCCUAAUGACUCUCCGGAUGUUAAGAGAGUGAAGCAUGCCCAGGAUCUCCUGAGUGACCAUGUCUAUCGUACACCUAUCGAAAGCCUGAAAUACAGCAGUGUUGUUGAUUCUCCAGACGUUCUUCUAGCUAAAGUGAAUGCCGAACAAGUCAGCAUUCCAAAAUACAAAGAAGCCUGGGAAAAGGACAAGACUAUGAUCCAUGUUACACCAGACACACCUGAACUCAACCUAGCCAAGACUAAUGCUGUUAAUUAUAGCCAGAAACUGUAUAAAGAAGCUUGGGAUGAGUUGAAGAUCAGUUAUGAUUUGAGAGCAGAUGCAAUCCCAAUCAAAGCAGCCAAAGCUUCGAGAGAAAUUGCUAGUGAUUAUAAAUACAAACUGGAACACGAGAAGCAGAAAGGACAUUAUGUUGGAGUUCCAAAUGCAAAAGCAGAUACGAAAAUGCAGUUUGCCCUCGGCAUAGGCAAAGUUCAGAGUGAACUAGAAUACAAGAAACACUUUGCCAAAUGGAAGACACAAUGCCACCUACCAGCAGACAUGCUGUCUAUCCUAUCAGCUAAACAUGGCCAGUCUUUGGUCAGUGAUGUUGAUUACCGCCAUUACUUGCAUCAGUGGAUCUGUCUUCCAGAUCAGAAUGAUGUCAUACAGGCUAGGAAAGCCUACGAUCUUCAGAGUGAUGCUAUUUACAAAUCUGAUUUAGAAUGGCUACGGGGUAUUGGAUGGUUGCCAAAUGAUUCAGUUGGAAUCAACCAUGUUAAACAUGCUGGAGAUCUCCUGAAUGAGAGAAAGUACCGUACAAAAGUUGAAACUCUUCCAUUUACUCCAGUGGCGGACAGAGUAGAUUAUAUCACAGCAAAGAACAGUGGUGAAAUUCUCAGUGACAUUAAAUACCACAAAGCAUGGAAUGAGGUCAAGUCAAAUUAUACUCUAACAGAUACACCACAGCUAGAUAUGGCCCGAGAGGCAGCCAGAAUCCUUAAUCAGAGUUUAUACAAGGAAAGUUGGGAGAAAGAAAAAGCGACUGGUUACCUCUUACCUCCUGACACUGUGCAGAUCUCUCAUGCCAAACACUCAAAUGAUGUCCAAAGUGAGCUUAAAUACAAAGCUGAGUACGUCAAACAAAGAGGUCACUAUGUUGGAGUUGCCAGUAUGAGAGAUGAUCCCAAACUGGUGUGGUUUGAGCAUGCAGGCGAGAUCCAGAAUGACAGAUUGUACAAAUCAAACUAUCACAAAACGAAGUCCAAAAUUCACAUCCCUCCGGAUAUGAUGUCAGUUGUAGCAGCAAAGGAAUGUCAGACCUUGGUCAGCGAUAUUGACUACCGCCACUACCUGCAUGAAUGGACGUGCCAUCCUGACCAGAAUGACUGUAUUCAGGCAAGGAAGGCCUAUGAUCUGCAAAGUGAUAAUAUUUAUAAAUCUGAUUUGGAAUGGCUUCGUGGCUGUGGUUGGAUUCCUCUGGAUUCAGUGGAACAUAAGAAAGUUAAGAAUGCACAAGAACUGAUAAAUAAAAAAGCAUAUACAAAAGAAGCCCUUGAUAACUUUUCCAAUUAUACCAGUGUGGUUGACACUCCUGACAUUGUUCUGGCAAAGAUUAACUCUGUCAAUCAGAGUGAUCUAAAAUACAAAGAAACAUUUAACCUUGAGAAAGGCCAGUAUAUUGGGUCUGAUGAUACUCCUGCGCUGAACCAUGCCAAAGACAUGUCCUUAUUAUACAGUGAUAAACUCUAUAAAAAUGCUUGGGAAAUUAGCAAGCCCAUUGCCUAUACUUUGGAUGAGAAAUAUAUUCCCCUUGUUGGAGCAAAGCAUGCAAACUACAUAAACAGUGAGCUUAAAUAUAAGGAAAUAUAUGAGAAGCUGAAAGGUCAUUACCUGGCUGGGAAGGAUAUUGGUGAUUUCCCCAGUGUCAUUCAUUCGCUAGCAUUCCAGAAAAUAAGGAGCGCGUUGGCAUACAGGAAGAAUUACGAAGACACCAAAGCAAAUGUCCAUAUUCCAAGUGACAUGAUGAAUCACGUGCUAGCCAAGAAGUGCCAGUAUAUCCUCAGUGAUCUUGAAUACCGAACUUACUUCCAUCAGUGGAAUUGUUCACCUGAAGAAAAUGAUGUUGUUCAAGCCAGAAAAGCCCAGGAGAUUUUGAGUGAUGUGGUGUACAAAGAUGACUUAAAUUGGCUGAAGGGACUUGGAUGUUAUGUCUGGGAUACUCCACAAAUCCUGCAUGCUAAGAAAUCAUAUGACCUCCAGAGCCAAAUAAAAUAUACAGCUGCCGGAAAAGAGAACCUUCAGAACUUUGGUGUUGUUACUGACACACCUCUCUAUGUGACUGCAGUGCAGAGUGGUGUAAAUGCUAGUGAUGUGAAAUACAAGCAAGAUUACCACAAAACUAAGGACAAGUAUACAACUGUGACUGAAACAGUGGAUUCUGAAAGAGUUCAAAAUUUGAAACAUCUCUUUAGCAAUAAUCUCUACAAGGAAGCCUGGGAAAAAGUGAAAGCUACUGGCUAUAUAAUGCCCUCUGAUGCUGUAUCCCUAGCACGUGCAAAAGAACUGAAGCAUAAUGCUAGUACUGUAAAAUACCGAGAAGAAUAUGACAAGUUUAAAGCACUGUACACACUACCCAGAGGUGUUGAGGAUGAUCCCAAUACAGCAAGGUGCCUUAGAGUUGGAAAGCUUAAUAUUGAUCGUCUGUACAAGGAAGUCUAUGAAAAGAAUAAAGCCAAAGUCCACAUUAUUCCAGACAUGGUAGACAUAAUUUCUGCUAAGGAUGCACAGAAAAAAAUCAGUGAAAUUGAUUACCGCACACAUCUCCAUGAAUGGAUCUGUCUACCAGAUCUUCAAAUCAAUGCCCAUGUUCGAAAAGUAACCGAUCAAGUCAGUGAUGUGGUAUACAAGGAUGAUCUUAACUGGCUGAAAGGCAUUGGCUGCUUUGUUUGGGACACUCCUGAAAUUCUCCAUGCCAAACAUGCCUACGAUCUUCGCAGCGAUAUUAAGUACAAAUCUAAGGCAGAAAAAAUGAAGAAUGACUACACUGUGGUCAUGGACACUCCUGUCUAUGUCCAGAAUGUCCUCAGUGGCUUGAAUUUAAGUGAAGCUGUUUAUCGUGGUGAAUAUAUGCACAAUGUUAAAGGCAAAAUGAUUCCUACUGAUAAAACAGUAGAUUUGGAGCGGGCGUAUCACGCAAACAAAAUACAGAGUGAAAAUUUGUAUCGCUGGGCUGGUGUGAAAGCUCUGCCUACUGGAUACAGCCUUCCCACAGAUGCCCCCAGCUUUCAGCAUGCGAAACAUGUCCAAUACAUUGGCAGUGAUCUGAAAUAUAAAGAAGCCUAUGAACACAUGAAAGCUAAAGGCUAUACUCUGGGACCUAAAGAUGUUGGGUUUGAAAAUGUGAAGAAAGUGAAUCAAGUCAUUAAUGAGAGGUUGUAUCGGGCAACAUACCACAAGUACAAGGACAAGAUUCAUACCACUCCAGACACACCAGAAAUCCGUCAAGUCAGGGCAACGCAGGAGGCUGUCAGCGAUUUGAUCUACAAGUCAGAUUUCUUUAAGAUGCAGGGACACUUGAUUUCCUUGCCAUACACUCCUCAGGUGUUGCACUGCCGCCAUGUUGGGGACAUCACAAGUGAUAAUAAAUACAAAGAGGAUCUGAAGUGGUUGAAGGGCUUGGGUUGCUUCCUGUAUGAUACUGAUAUGGUCCGUGCUCGUCAGCUGCGUAAGCUUUGG